AUGGAUUACAAACUUCCUUUUGGAGGAAAAAUUGUUAUUUUAGGUAGCGAUUUUCGUCAAGUUUUACCCGUUGUACGAAAAGGUUCUCGGGGUACAGUUGUCGAAAGUACAAUUAAAAAGUCUAUUUUAUGGCAAUACUUUCAAACCUUUAAACUAGAGCGGAAUAUGCGAGCUAUUACUGAUCCGGACUUUAGUCAAUGGCUUUUAAACGUAGGUAAUGGUGUUAUUACUAAACCAUCAUCUGCUAAAACAAACUUUUCUAUUAAGGUACCGAAUUCAUUUUUGUCAAAUAAUAUAGUAACAGAUAUUUUUGGAACAAGUUUUACAUGUACUGAUGUACAAAAUAUUUCUCAACGUGCAAUUCUUUGCCCUAAAAACGAACAUGUACGGUUAAUCAAUGACAAUGUUUUCGCUCUUUUACAAAUUUCUGAAAAAAUAACUUUCAAUGCGAUUGAUUCCGUGAAAAACAAUGAUGGCUCUGAAAAUGAUAAUUUACAACAGCAAUCAUCAACAACUACCAAAUAG